UAAAAGUGAAAAUCUAAGGCCAAAAUGUAUUAAAUACUGCAAUAGAUGGACUAAAACUAGAGAUAAAACCUAAACCACAAGGACAAAACGUGAAAAAACAAAUAGAGAAAAACUAGCCGUUGCACUGUAAAUACUUGACCGUUAAUGCCAAAAACCUGUAUCCAUUUUCUCUGGAGCAAAUCUGAGCAAUCAAAGUUCUAAGAAACAGAGGGUAAUCUCAAUACGAAAUGGUGAAUGAAGAGUUGAGGAAGAGUCCCCAUAAUCUGAAAACCUUUAAUGGAGAAAAACGGGAGACAUUGUUCAGCCCAAGAUUCAAAUCAGUGGCUGCAAUGGCGGGUUGGGACGAAGAAGCACUUCUCAUAGCUAGUCUUGUUGUAGAAGAAACUCCUGAUCGCCAGCAUAAACAAAAGAAACUUACUGGUCUGCAGCAUUUUGUGACUCCGCCUACGAAUUCCAGAAGAAAACGAAGGGCUCAGAAGACUAGCCCUGCUUCCAUACGCAUUGCUCUUAUUGAUCUCGAUGAUGAUGACUCUGCAAAAACAGAAACUGAGAAAAAGAAGCUAGAGCAAAAAUUCACUGGAAAAGGAGAUAAGGAAGGAGUUGAAGCAUCAGAAGAACACGGCUCUUGUGUUUUCUCUUCUGGUUCAGCCAUUCUCUGUACCGAUCUACUUCGUGAAGAACUUUCUUGUGCAAUCUGUUUGGAGAUUUGUUUUGAGCCGAGUACCACGCCUUGUGGACACAGUUUCUGUAGGAAGUGUUUGCAAUCUUCUGCUGACAAAUGUGGGACGCGAUGUCCCAAGUGCAGACAGCUUAUCAGCAGUGGAAGAUCUUGUACUGUAAACACAGUCCUUUGGAAUACAAUUCAACUUCUAUUUCCUAAGGAAGUAGAAGCAAGAAAAGCAGCUGGAGCCUUAAAUAGUAGAGAAGUUCAGCAUCAAAAUCCAGCAAGAAUAGUUGCCAGUCAUUCUGAUGUUUCAAGAAGCAGUACAGAUAGGGCCCUAGCAUCAUUACGUAAUCCAGAUUUCGGAUCUCGAAAUCCACAGCAAAGGAACUCUCACUCCAUUUCAAGAAGCAGAAUAGAUAGGGUCCUAGUGUUACAUAGUUCAGAUUCUGGAUCACGAAAUCCACAGCAAAUGAACUUCCACCCUAUUUCAAGAAGCGGAAUAGAUAGGAUCCUAGCGUUACAUUGUCCAGACUCUGGAUCUCAAAAUGCACAACUACGGAAUUCUCACUCUAUGAGAAGACCAAAUGUGAGGCCUUCUGGGACGUCAAGCAGAAAUGGAGACAUUAGGAAAAGUACAAGGAGAGAAUCACCACCAAACCAAGAUGAGGAUGCUGCAUUGGCAUUGCAACUGCAGAGAGAGGAGCACAAGGAGACAUUUAGGACAAGGCGCACUGACGAGCAGUAUAAAAAUGCUCUUGCUCUAGCCAGAGCAAAUUUGAGGGCCAUGGCAUCAACAGCUAUUAACAACAUUCGUGUUAGAGGGAGAGGAACAUAAAUUUAGAUUUCCUAAUGUGGAGCCAGUAAUGAACGAACUCUUUUACUUUUUAAAUUAGAUUCGUCCACCAACGAACCAACUUUGUAUGCAUGGAAAAUUCAAUGAAUAUGUUAAUGACACAAUGAAACACAAGUAUGUUUCUGCAUUAUUAUC